AGACGCGUCACCACCCCACGGAAGUGCAGUCAUGGCCACUCUAGAUGAGUAGGACGAUAAUGUUUGUGUAGCGAAGGAAUCAAAUAACUAGACACCGACGUUCAUAAUUAACUUAACAACAUCACUGAUUUGAUUUUUUAAAACCUUUGCCUACAGCAUAUUAUCUCUGUAAGGCCUGGAAAGAGCUCGCUGAGCUACACCGGGGACGCAGGACAAAAUGUCCCUCUUCCAGUCGGCACUUGAUUUCCUGGCAGGGCCCGGUGGCACUGGAGGCGCAAGUCGAGACCAAAAUGAUUUUGUUGGGCAAAUUGUGGAGCUUGGUGACAUGAAACUGAGAAUCAAAAGGGUUAUAGCGGAAGGUGGUUUUGCAUUUGUGUAUGAAGCUCAGGACAUAGGCAGCAGUAAAGACUAUGCUCUCAAGAGGCUCCUGUCCCACGAGGAGGAGAAGAACAAAGAAAUCAUCCAGGAGGUCUGCAUCAUGAAAAAGCUCUCUGGUCACCCCAACGUGGUGCAGUUCAGCUCUGCAGCGUCCAUUGCCAAGGAGGAGUCGGACACGGGCCAGGCUGAGUUCCUCAUUCUCACAGAGCUCUGUAAAGGUCAACUGGUGGACUUCAUCAAGCGGGUGGAGCAGAAGGGACCCAUGUCAUGUGACACAGUGCUGAAGAUCUUCUACCAAUCGUGUCGCGCCGUGCAGCACAUGCACAAACAGAAGCCUCCUAUCAUCCACCGGGAUCUUAAGAUUGAGAACUUGCUGAUCAGUCACCAAGGCACCAUCAAGCUGUGUGACUUUGGCAGUUCCACCACUAUAGCCCACUACCCUGACUACGGCUGGUCGGCCCAGAAGAGGUCCAUGGUUGAGGAUGAGAUCACCAGAAACACUACUCCGGCCUACAGGACACCUGAGAUGAUUGACCUGUACUCCAACUUCCCCAUUAACGAGAAGCAGGACAUCUGGGCAUUGGGUUGUAUCCUCUACUUGUUGUGUUUUAAGCAGCACCCCUUCGAGGAAGGCGCUAAGCUGCAGAUAGUCAACGGGAAGUACGCCAUCCCCCAGAAUGACGUCAAGUACACUGUUUACCACGAGCUCAUCAGAUCCAUGCUGAAGAUCAACCCAGAGGAGAGGCUGUCCAUCACGGAGCUGGUCAACCAACUGCAGGAGAUCGCUGCGGCGCGCAAUGUCAACCCCAAGUCUCCCAUCACAGAGCUGCUGGAGCAGAACGGAGGCUUUGGCAACAACGGCGCACAGCCCCCAGCCCAGAACCACAACAUCCACAACGCAGGGGUGUACGGUGCAGACCCGGACCAGGGCGGGGGCUUUCUCGACAUCCUGAAGGGAGGAACCGAACGCUUUCUGACCAACAUCAAAGACACCUCCUCUAAAGUCAUCCAGUCUGUGGCCAGCCCCAGUUAUACAAAGGGAGACCUGGAUAUCUCUUACAUCACCUCUAGAAUAGCAGUCAUGUCCUUCCCGGCGGAGGGAGUGGAGUCUGCCAUUAAGAACAACAUGGAGGAUGUGCGUCUCUUCCUGGAUGGCCGUCAUGCAGGACACUACGCCGUCUACAACUUGACCAAGCGCUCUUACAGACCCACCCGCUUCCACAACAGGGUGUCGGAGUGUGGCUGGCAGGCCCGGCGGGCACCCAACCUGAGGAGCCUCUACAGCCUCUGUAAGAACAUGCACCUGUGGCUGAAACAGGACCAGAGGAACAUCGCCGUAGUCCACUGCCUGGACGGGCGGGCGGCCUCGGCCGUGGCGGUGUGCUCCUUCCUGUGUUUCUGCCGCCUCUUCACCACGGCUGAGGCGGCCGUAUACAUGUUCAGUAUGAAGCGCUGUCCCCCGGGGAUCUCCCCUUCCCACAAGAGGUACAUGGAGUACAUGUGUGACAUGAUGGCUGACGAGCCCAUCACCCCGCACAGCAGACCCAUCCUCAUCCGCUCCAUCACCAUGACGCCUGUGCCUCUCUUCAACAAGCAGAAGAGUGGCUGCCGGCCCUUCUGCGAGGUUUACGUGGGAGACGAGCGCGUGGCCACCACUUCCGGGGAGUACGACAAGAUGAAGGACUUUAAGCUGGAGGACGGACGGGCUGAGAUCCCCUUGAACGUGACGGUGCAGGGGGAUGUGCUGGUGGUCAUCUUCCAUGCCCGCUCAACCCUGGGGGGCCGCCUUCAGGCCAAGAUGGCUUCCAUGAAGAUGUUCCAGAUUCAGUUUCACACAGGGUUUGUGCCCCAGAACGCCACCACGGUCAAGUUUGCAAAGUAUGACCUGGACGCCACUGACAUCCAAGAGAAGUACCCGGACCUCUUCCAGGUCCACCUGGAUAUGGAGGUGGAUCCCUGCGACAGGCCGAGCAACAAGACUCCACCCUGGGACAACUUUGCCACAAAGGGCCUCAACCCAAAGAUCCUUUUCUCCAGCCGAGACGAGCAGCAGGAGAUCCUCACCAAGUUCGGCAAACCAGAGCUUCCCCGACAUCCGGGCUCUUUCUCCGGUUCUUUCUACGACACUGCGUCGCCUCCGUUGGAACAGACUCCUGAUAGCUCCACCAUGGAGGCAGAAUCUCACCAGAGCACCGAUACCAACGCCAACAACUUCUUCCAGACUCUGGAUUGGGAUGAUGGGAGUGGACAUGGAGCGGACGCUUCGGACAGCCUGGGAGGCACCAUUGACGACCAGGACGAGCUCAGUGACGCCUCCGUGGACGAGGAGUCCAACUCCGGCCUGGCCGGCGAACCCCUCUCCAGGGAGCCUAGCGAGUCCCUGUUCAACGCUGAGUUCCAGGCUGCCGCCACACCCCAGGAGUCCCCAGGGCCCAGCGACACGGCUGACCUGCUGGGUCUCACCUCCGACCUCAGCUCCACUGCCUCCCCACAACCCUCCACGGCAGCAGGCGGCAUGAAGGCCUCGUCUAGUAACAGUGACCUUCUCAACGACCUGUUUGCCCCCACGCCCAGCAGCAACGCUCAGCAGGGCAGCUCCAACAACCUGAUUGGGGACGGAGGUGCCCAAGAGGACCUCUUCUUCAGUAACCCCGCUGCACCGCCAGACUCGGCCACCCCCAAACCAAUAAAUGACCUGUUUGACCUGUUCGGGAUGGGAUCUUCAUCCAAUCAGACCGGACCCGACCUGUUUGGGGACCUGCUGAGCUCCGACACCAACACUAACCCCCCGCCCACCUCCAACUCCAGCCUUUUCAACCUCAACAAGCUGACCAACAAUCCCCCUAAGAUGACUUCGUCUGCCAGCCAACCAGACCUGCUUGGAGGGUGGGACAGCUGGGCAUCGAGUGGGAGCAUGGCUGCCGCCUCCUCCCAUAAGCCAGCCUUCCCAGCUCCCGGAGUGUCUUCCUUCUCCAAAGCAAAGUCUCAGAGCUUUGACCCGUUUGCAGACUUGGGAAAACUGGGUCCUACGCUGCCAGGUUCCUCCAGUGGCAGUUUCUCAGGCCCAGGCUUCAACCCAAAGAGUGGGGCCUCCACCAAGACUGCUGGGCAGUCGUGGCAGCAGUCUGGCCGGCCCUCCGCUGGCCAAAGCAAGCCCUGGAUGGCCCCCAGUGCUGCUACCCCCAAAGCCCAGCCACCCAAGCCUGCGCCCCAGCCAGCCAAACCCAACUACAACCUUAACUUCAGUGUGAUCGGGGGCCGAGAGGAGAGAGGCGUCAGGGGCCCAGGAUUUGGGCCAAAACCCAAAGUCAAAGAGGACGACUUUGAAGACCUGCUCUCCACUCAGGGUUUUGCCUCCAAGCUAUCAGACAAGAGUGGACCCAGGACCAUCGCAGAGAUGAGGAAACAGGAGCUCUCGAAGAACACGGACCCCCUCAAACUGCAGAUUCUGGAUUGGAUUGAGGGGAAGGAACGGAACAUCCGGGCCCUCCUCUCCACGCUUCAUACAGUCCUGUGGGAGGGCGAGACGCGCUGGAAGCCCGUAAACAUUGCAGACCUAGUCACUCCAGACCAGGUUAAGAGGUACUACAGGAAAGCUGCGCUGGUGGUGCACCCUGAUAAGGCCGCCGGAAAGCCCUACGAAGAUUACGCUACACUGAUCUUCAUGGAGCUCAACGACGCCUGGUCCGAGUUUGAGAACCAAGGCAGUAAAGCCCUCUUCUAAGACUAACUGGAUGGGGCCCAUAUUGGGUCCUUCAGGGUUGCGCCCCCCCCCACACACACACCUUAGAGGUCUGCCAACUCUCCUGCAGUUGAGAAAAAGGCACCUUACUUUAUUUCUCAUCUGCAGUUCAACAUCAUCGGCCAUUUAAAAAAACACUGCCACCACAUGCAAAGGGUGGAAGACUAGUGGUUCAAAAGCGUGGAGGAUGGGAGUGAUGGAUAUGACGACAGAGACAAUCACUGAGAAGACCAGAUGGUCACCAACCAGGCUCCAUCCAUUCGGAAAUGUGGGGACUGUAUGGCCACUGGGACCCCGUAGACUUUGUUGCUGUGGACACGGCUCUAUUCCUUUACACUCCUUGGACAGACCUUUCUGCAGCGUUCUUUCUUUCCGAGAGACCAAGAGUUCAUGCUGUUGUUGCUUCUUGCCAGAACCAUUCUCCCACUAACAGACUCCUCCUUCCACCACAAGCCCUCUACCGUAAGCGCCUUGCUCUGCGGAUGGCAAAAAAAAUUACGCUUGCUCAUAACUGCCCCCCCCCCACCCCUCCCCGGCAACAUAGGAGACAAAUAGAGAAUAUAGAGAUUUCAUCUGGUUGCUUUUUGCCAUGUGGAAUUGUGCAAUAUGUUUGUUCUUUUUUUUGUUUUCUCUGUCAAUGAUAGUCCUCACUUAAGUGUAAAUAUUUUCUCAAUGAUGUGGUUCUUUCGGUAGUAGAUAGUGAGAUGCCGAAACACACAGAGGUGUGUGUUGUUUAAGGAUGGUAGCUCACCAUCUCGCUCUCUCUACCAGUAGAUCAUCAUGCCUGUCUUUUCCAAUGGUCUUGUGUUUAUUCCACUUAUUACACAAAUGGUUUACAGGGAGUUUUCAUUGCAACCCUCCAUUUUGUGUUCCAUAGCUGUUGUUUUUCUCUUUACUUUAAAAUGACCUGAAGUUUUUUUUUUUUUUUUUUUUUUUUUACAUUUUACCUCAUGGACCAAUUUAAAACACCUAUUUUCUUAUCGUUGUGGGGUAUCAUAAGUAUCCAUGACAUUUAAUUGCAGAACUUAAUAAAUAAAACAUAAUAUAUGAA